GGGAGGGGAGAAGUAACUGCGGCGGCUGCGCCUCCCGGGGAACAGGCGUCUUCCCCGAAUCCUUCCCACCCCACCCCCCGCCUCCUCCCUCGUCUGCCCCCCUCUUCCCCUGCCGACUGGAGCGAGGGGCAGGGAUGAGCCUGUCCCUCCGGACCGUCCCCGGCUGCUCGGUAGCGUUUCCCGUGGAAAAGCCACUUUCCCCGCCCGCCGAGAUGGGCUCCAGUGUGGGCUGCAGAGGACGCGUCCGCGGACGGCGGCAGCGACAGCCGCAGCGCCGCGGUCUCCGCGAUUGAGCUGGUAUUUGGGCGGCUGGUGGCGGCGGGGACGGUUGGGGGGUGGGAGGAGGCAGAGGAGGCGGCGAAGGAGGAGGAGGGAGAACCCUGUGCAACGUUGGGACUUGGCAGCCCGCCUCCCCCUGCCCAAGUAUAUUUAAUUUGCCUCGGGAAUAGCUACUUGCAGAGGGGAACUCAGGAGGGAAGGCGCGCGCUUCUGGAGGGGCCACGCGGGAACCCCCGGCCGCUGCGUCCUCCCUGCGCUGGACUUCGGAGAGAGAUGCAUCUUCGCUGCUGCUCGGCUGUGGCGGCCGAGAGGAGACUUGGCUCUUGGAGGAUUGUGGUUGCGCUCACCCCGGACGCACUGCCUCCCCCUUGGGCUUGAAACGCCAGCAAACUCCGGCGGCCGCACUGUCUUCCUCGGAGCAGCCACUGCGUCCUCCUUCGGCAAGCCCUCCCUACCCAGCGCGGGUGGCGGUGUGGAUUUCGGAGCCAGGGUUUCUGCUGCCUCCAGCCCUGUUUGCAUGUGCGGGGCCGCAGUGAGCGACCUCCGCCCCCCACCCAGUUGUUUUUCGGCGUCUUCCUCUGCUUCGCGGCAGUGGCGGCGGCAGCAUGGCGAGCCCACCGGAUACCGAUGGCUUCUCGGACGUGCGCAAGGUUGGCUACCUGCGCAAACCCAAGAGCAUGCACAAGCGCUUCUUCGUGCUGCGAGCAGCUAGCGAGGCCGGGGGCCCUGCGCGCUUGGAGUACUACGAGAACGAGAAGAAGUGGCGGCACAAGUCGAGCGCCCCCAAACGCUCUAUCCCUUUGGAGAGCUGUUUCAACAUCAACAAGCGGGCUGACUCCAAGAACAAGCACCUGGUGGCUCUCUACACCCGAGAUGAGCACUUUGCCAUUGCGGCAGACAGCGAGGCUGAGCAAGACAGCUGGUACCAGGCUCUCCUGCAGCUGCACAACCGUGCCAAGGGCCACCACGACGGGGCCUCAGUCUCUGGUGCAGGAGGUGGUGGGGGCAGCUGCAGCGGCAGCUCAGGCCUUGGUGAGGCCGGGGAGGACUUGAGCUAUGGAGAUGCGCCCCCGGGACCUGCAUUCAAGGAGGUCUGGCAGGUGAUCCUGAAACCCAAGGGCUUGGGUCAGACAAAGAACCUGAUUGGCAUCUACCGUCUCUGCCUGACCAGCAAGACCAUCAGCUUCGUGAAGCUGAACUCAGAAGCAGCAGCCGUGGUGCUCCAACUGAUGAACAUCAGGCGCUGCGGCCACUCUGAGAACUUCUUCUUUAUUGAGGUGGGUCGUUCUGCAGUGACAGGGCCUGGGGAAUUCUGGAUGCAGGUGGAUGACUCGGUGGUUGCCCAGAACAUGCACGAGACUAUCUUGGAAGCCAUGCGGGCUAUGAGUGAUGAAUUUCGCCCUCGCAGCAAGAGCCAGUCUUCAUCCAACUGCUCCAACCCCAUCAGCGUCCCCCUGCGCAGGCACCAUCUCAACAACCCUCCGCCUAGCCAAGUGGGCCUGACCCGCCGAUCUCGUACAGAGAGCAUCACUGCCACCUCUCCAGCCAGCAUGGUGGGCGGGAAACCGGGUUCCUUCCGGGUGCGUGCCUCCAGCGACGGUGAAGGCACCAUGUCCCGGCCAGCUUCAGUGGAUGGCAGUCCUGUGAGUCCUAGUACCAAUAGGACCCAUGCCCACCGGCAUCGGGGCAGCUCCCGGCUACACCCCCCACUCAAUCACAGCCGCUCCAUCCCUAUGCCUUCCUCACGUUGCUCACCCUCAGCCACCAGCCCAGUGAGUCUGUCCUCCAGCAGCACCAGUGGCCAUGGCUCCACCUCGGACUGUCUCUUUCCAAGGCGCUCUAGUGCUUCUGUUUCUGGUUCUCCUAGUGAUGGCGGUUUCAUCUCUUCUGAUGAGUAUGGCUCUAGUCCCUGUGAUUUCCGAAGUUCUUUCCGCAGUGUCACCCCGGAUUCCUUGGGCCACACCCCACCAGCCCGUGGAGAGGAGGAGCUGAGCAACUACAUCUGCAUGGGUGGCAAGGGGGCCUCCACCCUGACGGCUCCCAAUGGUCACUACAUUUUGUCUCGGGGUGGCAAUGGCCACCGCUACAUCCCAGGAGCAGCAGGUUUGGGCACAAGCCCAGCCUUGACUGGGGAUGAAGCAGCCAGUGCUGCAGAUCUGGAUAAUCGGUUCCGAAAGAGGACUCACUCAGCAGGGACAUCCCCUACCAUUUCCCACCAGAAGACCCCUUCGCAGUCCUCAGUGGCUUCCAUUGAGGAAUACACAGAGAUGAUGCCUGCCUACCCACCAGGAGGUGGCAGUGGAGGCCGACUGCCCAGCUACCGGCACUCCGCCUUUGUGCCCACCCACUCCUACCCUGAGGAGGGUCUAGAGAUGCACCCUAUGGAGCAGCGUGGGGGCCACCACCGCCCAGACACCUCCAGCCUCCACACCGAUGAUGGCUACAUGCCCAUGUCUCCAGGGGUGGCCCCAGUGCCUGGCAACCGAAAGGGCAGUGGAGACUAUAUGCCCAUGAGUCCCAAGAGUGUGUCUGCCCCACAGCAGAUCAUCAAUCCCAUCAGACGCCAUCCCCAGAGAGUGGACCCCAAUGGCUACAUGAUGAUGUCUCCCAGUGGCAGCUGCUCCCCUGACAUUGGAGGUGGGUCGAGUAGCAGUAGCAGCAUUAGUGCUGCCCCUUCUGGAAGUAGCUAUGGGAAACCAUGGACAAAUGGAGUUGGAGGCCACCACUCUCAUGCUCUGCCUCACGCCAAGCCCCCUGUGGAGAGUGGUGGUGGCAAGCUCUUGCCUUGUACAAGUGACUACAUGAACAUGUCACCAGUUGGGGACUCCAACACCAGCAGCCCCUCUGACUGCUAUUAUGGCCCUGAGGACCCUCAGCACAAGCCAGUCCUCUCCUAUUACUCUUUGCCAAGGUCUUUUAAGCACACCCAACGCCCCGGAGAGCCGGAGGAAGGUGCCCGGCAUCAGCAUCUCCGCCUCUCCUCCAGCUCUGGUCGUCUUCUCUACUCUGCAGCAGCAGAAGAUUCUUCCUCUUCCACCAGCAGCGACAGCCUGGGUGGGGGUUACUGUGGGGCAAGGCCGGAGCCUGGGCUCCCUCACCCCCAUCAUCACAUCCUGCAGCCCCGUCUGCCUCGAAAGGUGGACACGGCUGCACAGACCAACAGCCGCCUGGCCCGGCCUACACGGCUAUCCCUGGGGGAUCCCAAAGCCAGCACCUUACCUCGGGCUCGGGAGCAGCAACAACAGCCGCCCCCAAUGCUCCCUCCAGAACCCAAGAGCCCAGGGGAAUAUGUGAAUAUUGAGUUUGGGAGUGAUCAGCCUGGCUAUUUAUCUGGUCCCAUGGCUUCCCGCAGUUCCCCUUCUGUCCGGUGUCCCUCACAGCUCCAGCCGGCUCCCAGAGAGGAAGAGACUGGCACCGAGGAGUACAUGAACAUGGACCUGGGACCUGGCCGGAGAGGGGUCUGGCAGGAAGGUGGUGGGUCUGAGAUAGGCAGAGUGGGCCCUGCACCUCCAGGGGCCACUAGUGUUUGUAGGCCCACGCGGGCAGUGCCCAGCAGCCACAGCAGCCAGGGCGACUACAUGACCAUGCAGAUGGGUUGUCCUCGUCAGAGCUAUGUGGACACUUCACCGGUUGCCCCCGUCAGCUAUGCUGACAUUCGGACAGGCAUUGCAGAGGAGGUGAGCCUGCCCAGGGCCACAGUGGCCGUUCUCUCUUCAUCUGCAGCAGCCCCUGCUUCCCCCACGGCCCCCCAGGGAACAGCUGAGCUGGCUGCCCACUCUACCCUGCUGGGGGAUCCACAGGGACCUGGGGGCAUGAGCGCCUUCACCAGGGUGAACCUCAGUCCCAACCGCAACCAGAGUGCCAAAGUGAUCCGCGCAGACCCACAAGGGUGUCGGAGGCGGCACAGCUCGGAAACCUUUUCCUCAACACCUACUGCUACCCGGGCGGGCAACACUGUGCCCUUUGGCGGGGGAGCUGCAGUAGGAGGCAGUGGUGGCAGCGGCAGCAGCAGUGAGGAUGUGAAACGCCACAGUUCUGCUUCAUUUGAGAAUGUGUGGCUAAGACCUGGGGAGCUAGGGGGAGCCCCCAAGGACACUGCCCAAGUGUGUGGCGCGGCUGGGGGUUUGGAAAAUGGUCUUAACUACAUAGACCUGGAUUUGGUCAAAAACUUGAAACAGCGCCCUCAGGAGCGCCCCCCUCAACUGCAGCCUGCCCUGCCCCCAGCCCCCCAUAAGCCCCUGGGCAGCAGUGAGAGCAGCUCAACCAGCCGCUCCAGUGAGGAUGUAAGCGCCUAUGCCAGCAUCAGUUUCCAGAAGCAGCCAGAGGACCGCCAGUAGUGCAACUGGACAUCACAGCAGAAUGAAGACCUAAAUGACCUCAGCAAAUCCUUCUUUCACUCAUGGGUACCCAAACUAUUUCAUGACUCACAACCAGGACCUCACAUCUUCCUCCUCAGUAGAUGGUACGAUGCAUCCAUUUCAGUUUGUUUACUUCCUAAUACAAUCCUCAGGAGUUCGUUGACUGAACUGCACGCUCUAUAUUGUGCCAAGCAAAAAAGAAGAAAAAAAAUUUUAAAAAAGCACUGUGACACCAAAAGGAUGAGUCCGUUUGAACUUCAUCAUGAACCUUAAGGACCUAGCUGGCCACAGUGAGCUGAUGUGCCCACCGUCAUGCCCCGGGAGAGGGGUCUCCUCUCGUUGCAUUUACAAGAUAUGUUUCAUCUGCUGCUGAAACUGUGUUUGACAAAGCAUCCUUGUAAAUUAUUUCAUAGAAUCCUGUUCACGUUGGGUGGAGAGAGUAUGAAAUAUUUAACGUAGGUUUUGAUUUAUAUGUGUAAUUUUUUAAAUGAAAAUGUAACAUUUCUUACAGCACAUCUUGUGUUUUUUUUCGUUCUUUCUUUUUUUCUUUCUUUUUUUUUUUUUGGAUGUGGAACUGAGGUAUACAAUGUUCUGUUGUAAAGAGUGGAACAGAUGCUUAAAACAAGGCUAGAAAGAGUAGAGUAGGGUAUGAUCCUCAUGUUAAGAUUGUAAUUCAGAAAAAUAAUAUAAUAAGAAUCAUAGUGCCAUAGAUGAUUCUCAAUUGUACAGUUAUAUUUGCUGAUCCUAUCUCUUGUAAUAUAAACUUGAUGUUGAGCUGAGUUCCUUACAAGAAUUAAUCUUAAUUUUGUAUUUUUUCCUGUAAGCCAGUAGGCCAUGUUAAUUAAAUUGAAGAAGGAUAUAUUCUACUGGGAUAUUUUCAAGUGUCAGCUGAAAAUUGGCUAUUGAAUGGAAGAAAAGGAAAUCAAAGUCUUCCAUUGUAUAUAUUGUAAAGACAAGGCGACCUGGGUGAUCCCGCCAAAUCAAAAGCUCUCUGGAAUGAACAAUGUGGGUGUUUGUAAAUUCUGGAAAUGUCUUUCUAUUCAUAAUAAACCAGAUAUGUCGAGCUUUUCUUCUCUCCCCUCCCCUCCCCAACUUCUGUAAACUUCCCACCAUUUUUUUUUUCUGUGCACACGUUAUGAUAUUUCAUUUCCUGCAUAUUGUGAGAAGGAUUUUAAGAUAAGUGAGUUCUUGCUAAACAGAUAUGAAAAUCCCAGAAAAAAAAAGUUUUAAAAAAUAAUCACGAUCAAGGGUAUAUGUUAGCAUCUUUAAGACCCUUGUCUCAUGUUUUCUGAGAACUUCAGCGUUAUAUUUUGUAACUGAAUGUCACUGGCCCAUUUGCCCUCGUGGGUGCUGGCCUAUUAUUGAUCAGUUAAUAAAACACUGCACAGUGAACACAUAAAAUCAUGAUGACCUGCUAUUGAAGCAUCAGACUAGCAGUAAAAAUGUUAACCCUUGUUUGGAAAGUAUACAGAGUGUGGAAUUUUUCCUUAUAAAACAGAAAUGGCAGUGAACACACUUAAAGAUAUUGCCUACAGAAUUUUAAAUCCUUUUUCUGGGAAGCCUCCUAAAGGUUAAUGGAUUAAUGCAAAUAUGAGACUCCCCCUGAAUUGGUGAACCUCUAUCUCAGCCAUUGCCAGCCCUGCUGUUGAGAGGAGCAACAUUUUAAUACCUGGGAAAGGUUGAGCCCCAAGUGGGGCUACAAGGAAGGGGCCGGUAUUAGAGGGCAUUGCAGUGGCUGCUGCCCUGAUUUGCUAGUUGGGGAGCCCUGCUGUACUCGAAAGGAAGUGGGGAUAAAUGGAACCUCCAUGCCCUAAGACCUGUGUUACUGCUUAUUCAACCAGAAAGCAUGUACCUCACGGACUGUUGUACAAUGUUCAUUGUUGCGGAUUUUAAUCAUUUGCAUGCUCAUCAACUUCUAAAAUAGGUCUGUAGUCCUAUGAAUCUAUUGUUUUCUAGGAACUUGCUGAAUUACAUCAUUUCCUAUAGUACAAAACACCAUCAGUUUUGAACAUCUGAUACAGAUGGUGGGGUUUUUUUUGUUUUGUUUUUUAUUUUUUGCUUCUUUGUUAAAAAAAAAAAAGCCCUUCUUAGCCAAACUAAUUUUUCAAUUUUUUUAAGUAUUCUGAUUCACACUGUUGCUAGUGUAAGAAUGCAAUCUGUGCUGCUUUUUUCCAUUGAGGACUUAAGUAAAGGGAAAAGGUCCCACGCAUUUUCUUGUAAAGCUGGUUAUUAUUUCUCAAGGAACCUAGACUUUGAAUAUGUAUUGCCAAGAUACCUCUGCAUGCAGGAUUCUCAACACAUUUUGGUGAAAACAAAAAUGAAUAGACUGGAAAACCCGUCUUUUGGUUUCUAUACCUAACUUUUUGUUGAGUGAAAUAAUCAUAAAGGUAGAUCUUAUUUAAGCUGCUUCUAGAUGUACCUGAGCUGGGGUUGAUGGCGAUAUCAGACUUUACUGAUUUAAAACUGGAAGUUGCUGGUACUCAAGCCCAAAACCCAUGCUCUGGCUACUCUCAACAGUUUACUAUGAACACAUCAGCUGCUAAGUCCAUGUGUUUGGUUCCUAUUGCAGAGAGUUGGCUUUUAUCUAUUUCAAAGUAUUUGUAGACCAGCCAACAGCAUACAUUAUGGGGCUUCUAGUGACCUCUGGUCAAUCUAGAAGUUAGUGGCUUUUUCUUCAAGAGAUCAUCCUUUCACAGAAUUCUUUCUUAGAGACUAAGGCAGAGUUUAAAAAUUCUCCUUUAUGAAAGAAUGAAUGUUUCAUGGCUUUGAUGAUAUCUUCAUUCUGGGCAAAAACAUGACCCAAGAACCAGCUGGGAGCAAGGAGAAUCCAUUAAUGAUCGACCACCUGAGUCAAUAAUGACAAAUCAGUACUGAUGCUAUGUUUGUGGCUAUUUCUUGCUAGCUUUCAAAGGUCAGGGACUCUCUUGACUAAUCUAAUGACUAGCAAAUAAAAUAAAAUCCACUCAGAAUCAAUCUAGCCAAAAGUAGAGUUUCUUUUUAAACAUUUCUUUGCCUUUUGUCUUCUAGCAGUCUUUUAAAUGUGACACGAAGUACUAUAAAACAGUUUUGCUAUACUGUAAGACAGUCUUCUGCAGUACUGAAGCCCUGUUUUAUUCAUUCUUGCAUCCUGAAUGCAAUAUACCAUGUGAUUGGAAAGUUCCAUUUUAUUUACUACAGGUGUUGUAAAGGUGGAGAGAAGAGACUAAUGUCCCGCUGACAGUAAGAGCCAUGAAAUGUAGGAAGGCUAUGAAAUGCUGUGACACUGGUGACCGUGAGUGUGUGUCCAGUCUCACGCUGCUCUGACAGAGCUCUGUAGGUCAGUCCAUCACACAGGGAGGCCCUGAAACCAGAGAUAGAGAAAGCGAGAACUUGACUGAGGUAGAGGAAAGGACCCACUUGGAAGCCAUGCAAAGAAGAAUGGGUGGAAAACAAGCACACACUCAGUGAUUUCUUUGCAGCAAGUGAUCGGAGUUAGUGUUCCCAGGACAGGGCGAAUGUUAGAGCUGAUGCACUGUACUGUAUGGGCUAUGAGAAGUUCAAAGGGAGAGCCAUGCUCUUUAGAGGGCGUGUGGAAGUCUGACCUUGCCUGUACUGAAACAAAGGCCUCCACCAGAGCUGUGUGCUUGAUACAGAAAGCAAAGUCAGUAUACCAUUCAGGGUUUAAUGCUGGUGCCUUUAGCCAUUUCUAAAGCCAAGAUGAGAUUUUCGAGGUCCUUUCAUACAUAGCUCUAUAAAUCUGUCUUCUAAGGGUCACUGCAGGAUGUGUGGGUCAAAGAGUAUGUUGGGCGUCUCACUGCUUAUAACCAGAGUAUCAGACUAGAUGCUGGGGAGAGGUUGAAUUUGGGAGUGUUUGGCUGUACUCUUAAAAGAUUUGUUAUUCAUAAGCAGCACAUAAUUAGCUAAUAAGAUUAGAAAAUGUAUGACUUAGAUGGAGCACUGUCUUCCUUUCCUAGCUUGCCAUGGGCAUUUGUGCUGUACAUGCCAAGAGAUCCGGUGUGUCAGCCUUUCACCGUUCGCCUGGCAUUGAAACCUCUCAUUGCUUCUGCUGUUCUUUCCCCCAGUGUUAACCAAAAUGCCAUAUAACAGGAUGAAUUCGCUACGCAGGAAAACGUCCGUAUUUGUGUAGACACCAUUAGUGCCCUUCUUUCCUUUUAGAAGUUUGCCAUUGGCCUAAGAAUGUAGUUCCCAGAACAAUUUUUUUUUUUUCUUGCAAACCACUUUCCUUACACAUCUUGGCUACGGGAUAGGCCAAAUGAACUACAUACAUAUUUUCAUUUUCUAUGUGUGCAGUUUGGUUUAUCAUCUGAAGAUGGUGGUGCUGCUCAUGGUGCUACUUCAUCUGUGUACAAGAGACCAACGCAUGGUCUGUAUUGCUACCAAAACAUUUUCUGUAUAUAUGUGUAUAACAUACGUACUGUGUAUAUAUGUAAUGGGUACGAGGCCAGGUUUAUAUUUUUUAUUUAGAAGUGUUUCACUUUUCCAGGUUUUCUUUAUAGUGUUGUGCUUAUUUUCCUUUUCUCCCUCCUCCCCCCGAUUCUGUCUGGUACUUAGAACUGUAGUGUCUUCAUCGUUAAUUAAAGAAAACUGUCUAAAUGAG